AUGAAGUCGGUUAACAAUAAAGACACCGCGAGACAAGGGAGAGUGUUCGCAUUGGUUCCAGGUGAUGUGAAAAAUGCUGCAACAGUGGUGUCAGGUACAUUUAAUGUUCAUGGUCAUUCUGCUCAUGUAUUGUUUGAUUCUGGCUCUACUCAUUUCUUUGUGUCAAAACUAUUUGCUCAAAAUUUAGAUAGAUCUGAGGAAGUAUUAUCUUAUGUGUUAUGUGUGUCCUCACCUUUGGGGGAUUCUAUGGUUUGUACCUCUGUAUAUUUUGCUUGUGAACUCCUAAUUGGGGAUAUCCGGGUAUAUGCCAACUUAUUGCCUCUUGACAUGAUUCACUUCGAUAUUAUUCUGGGUAUGGACUGGCUGAGUGAAUACCAUGUGACUAUUGAUUGUCUAACUAAGAAAAUCAGUUUCCACCCUUCGGGACAAUUAGAAUUUACCUUCCAGGGGCAUGGAGUGACUUCUCCACCUUAUUUGAUUUCUGCAAUGAAGGCCUAUAAAUUAAUUCAGAAAGGGUGUCAGGGGUAUUUGUGCAGUGUCUUAGAAGGGCCACUAAUGAAUGAGAGUACUAGUAUGAUUCCGGUCGUCUGUGAAUUUCCAAAUGUUUUUCCAGAGGAAUUACCGAGGGAGUUAGUAGACCGUGAAAUCGAGUUUACAAUUGAAGUAUUACCGGGAACUCAAGCCAUUUCUAAAACUCCGCAUAGGAUGUCACCAGUUGAAAUGAAGGAAUUAAAGAUUCAGUUACAAGAUUUACUUGACAAAGGGUUCAUUCACCCGAGCGUUUCCCCUUGGGGUGCACUAGUUCUGUUUGUGAAAAAGAAAGAUGGAACACUCCGACUAUGUGUGGAUUAUAGGGAGCUCAAUAAGGUGACAAUCAAAAAUAAGUAUCCCUUACCCAGGAUUGAUGAUUGGUUUGAUCAGCUACAAGGUGCACAAGUCUUUUCGAAAAUUGAUUUAUGGUCUGGAUAUCAUCAAUUGAAGGUCAAAGUUGACGACGUUAAGAAGACAGCCUUCCGAACCCAAUACGGACAUUAUGAAUUUUUGAGUGCAGAAGCUCACGAGAAUCAUCUUCGCUUAAUUCUUCAGACACUUCGAGAAAAGAAACUGUAUGCUACGUUGAAGAAAUGUGAGUUCUGGCUACAAGAGGUAGCAUUUUUGGGUCAUGUGAUAAUGAAAGAAUGUGUAUCUGUUGAUCCGCACAAGAUUGAGGCAAUCAUAAAUUGGCCGACUCCUACCAAUACCCUUAGGAUUAGCCGGGUACUACCGGAGGUUUGUAAAAGAUUUUUCCAAAAUCGCCAUGCCACUUACCCAAUUGACUUGAAAGGAGUUUUGUUUGAGUGGUUAGAACAACGAGAAUCUGCCUUCCAGGAAUUGAAAACAAAGUUGACUACAGCACCAGUUCUAGCACUACCAUGUGGGGCUGAAGGAUUUGUAAUCUACAGUGAUGCUUCCUAUAAGGGAUUAGGUUGUAUAUGGCGGCACUAUCUGUAUGGAACUACCUGUGCAGUUUAUACUGAUUAUAAGAGCCUUAAGUACCUCUUUACGCAAAAGGAGUUGAAUAUGCGACAGCGACGAUGGUUAGAAUUUAUUAAAGACUAUGAUCUGCAGAUUCAUUACCAUGUCGAUAAAGCCAAUACAGUUGCAGAUGCACUUAGUCGAAAAGGUGUGGGAAAUCUGGCAAGUCUGUUUACGGGGCGAAAGGAAGUAUUAUUGGAAUUGGAGAAAAUGAAUAUAGACUUUGUGAUACAUGAACAGGAUGCGAUGGUUGCAACAGUAACAGUCCAACCAACAUUAAUUGAUGAAAUUAAGCAGAGACAAAUAGAAGAUGAAUUUUUAAAGAAGAUCUGUGAUGCGUUAGGGACAAAACUGAGACCGGGAUUCAAUUUGAUGAAUUCAUACAAUGCGGAUAAACUUGCUGUAAUCUAUGUGAAUGAAAUUGUGAGACUCCAUGGUGUUCCAGUUUCAAUAGUAUCAGAUAUAGAUCCGAAGUUUGAAAGUUGGGAAACUCAUUUACUGUUGGUAAAGUUCGCAUAUAAUAAUAGUUACCAUUCGAGUAUUGGGAUGGCACCCUAUGAGGCUCUGUAUGGAAGACCAUGUCGUUCCCCCGUGUGUUGGGCCGAAGUUGGAGAUAGGUCAUUGUUAGGGCCUGAAAUUGUCCAACUGACAAUUGAAAAGAUUAAGACUAUUCGAGAAAGACUAAAAACCGCCCAAAGUAGACAAAAGAGUUAUGCGGAUAAUCGACAAAGAGAUUUGGAAUUUGAGGCAGGUAAUCAUGUUUUUGUAAAAGUUACUCCGAUAAGGGACAUCCCAGAUUCGGGAAAAAGGGUAAAGUAA